CAAUAUAAGGCACUUCUUGCCUUCAGAGGUCACCAUAGCAGUGUGGUGGUGGUGAUAUAAAAAGAGUUUUCUCAAUGGAUCAGACAAGGUCCAUGUAGUCCAGCACCCUGAUCUAGCAGUGACCAGAUACGCCAGGAAGCUCACAAGUGUUUUUGCUGGUAAUGACCAUUUCUUGUUGCUUGCCCCUUGUGUUUGGAAGUGAGGUAUUUUGCCUCUAUAGAUGUAGGUUCCAUUUUUUAGCUUUACUAGCCAAGAGUCAUCAAUAGAUCCAGUCUAUGUGGAUUGGCCUCAUGGUUUCGUUUCUAAAUAAUGUUGCUAGUGGUCAUUGCUACAUCUUUCAGCAAAAAUCCCUGUAAGAACUGUGCUUUAUAUGAAGAUGGUAGACAAGAGUGGAAGGAGGAUAUGAAAACUAACAAAAUGUAGCGCAAAGGCAAUAAAAUUCCAGAAGAAUGAAAUAUUCCUGGCAGUAAUGGAAGAGCUAUAUGAUCCCUCUCCCCCCCAAAAAGUCUAUGAUCAUGUGGAAUUCUGAUUGUUUAAAUUCUUUCUCCUUUGUUACUCAAAUGAAUAGUGGAAACAAAUAGAUUUAAAUAGGUUACAGUUUGUCCUACUACUUACAAAAGGUUUCAUGGACAAGAAGAGGCUAGUCAUUAUGCUUUUGUUUCUGCAUACAGCUAGUCAUCAACACCUGUUUCUGGGUUGUUGCCUAAAUUAGAGCAGCCUUCUCUGUCUUGUUCAGAGUGCAGUCUGACUUGACUGUUCAUCAGCAAAGAAGAUACUAAAUGUUGCAUCUUAACAAAUGGCAUUUUCAGUAUUCAAGUAUGUUUAAAAAGUAUGUUUAAAAAUACUUUUUGUACCAUAGGAUCUCCUAUGGUACACUAGGUUGCAUCUUUUUUUAUACUGAGUUAGAAAGUGCAAGAGAUUCUGUAAACUGCUGGGAGGGGAAAGAAGUCUGAGGAACUAGACAAAGAAGUCUCUGGGACAGACGUUGCAGCACCAUGAACUUAGAUGAUGACACAAAGUGGCUCGAGUGGGUAGCCAAACAGUUUGAAAGUAUCGCCGGAGAAGAUAAAGAGAUCGACCUGGAAGAAUUCAAAGCUGCUCUCAAGUCCUUUUUCGCUGAGCGUUUCUUUGCUUUGUUUGACUUGGAUGGAAGCGGCACCAUCAGUUUGGACGAGCUGCUGGAGGCCUUGAAGCUGCUGGUACAUGGAAGUGAAACAGACAAACUCCGGUUCCUCUUCCAAGUUUAUGAUGUGGACGGCAGUGGGUCCAUUGAACCCGAAGAAUUGCGUACGGUCUUGGAGUCAUGCCUGAAGGAGAGUUCAAUAUCUUUGCCAGAGAAGAAGUUAGAUGACCUCACGUUAGCCCUUUUCGAGUCGGCUGACUCUGACAACAGUGGGUCCAUCACCUUUGAGGAGCUCAGGGAGGAACUGGAGCGCUUCCCAGAGGUCAUGGAGAACUUAACCAUAAGUGCUGCAAGCUGGUUAAAGCCCCCCACUGCUCUCAGGAAGAGCCACGCGCCACGCUACCUGCGCCCAGCCUAUUGGCAUAACAACAGGAGCAAGCUUCUCUUCCUGGGCAGCUACCUGUGCGUGAACAUCAUCCUCUUCACCUUUGCAGCCUUGAAGCAUGUUGACUCUGGCCCCUGGAUCAUGUUGGCCAAAGGUUGCGGUCAGUGCCUGAACUUCAACUGUGCAUUUAUAGUGGUGCUAAUGUUGCGCCGAUGUUUGACCUGGUUACGGGCUACCUGGGUAGCCAGACUUCUGCCUCUAGACCAGAAUGUCAUUCUGCACCAGCUAAUGGGCUAUGCAGUGGCGGUUCUAACAGCGGUUCACACAGGGGCCCAUGUGGCCAACUUUGUGAGAAUGUCUCAGAUCAAAGGCACUUAUCAGCUUUGGGAAUACCUCUUCACCACCCGGCCUGGGAUUGGCUGGAUUUAUGGAACUGCCUCCCUCACGGGCCUCAUGCUGCAGCUCCUCAUCGCCCUUAUGCUGGUGUGCUCUAGUACUUUCGUCCGCAAGGGUGGCCAUUUUGAGGUCUUCUACUGGACUCACCUUUCUUACAUCUUCAUUUGGGCUUUGCUAAUUGUCCACGGUCCUAAUUUUUGGAAGUGGUUUGUGGUGCCUGGAUUUCUUUUCCUCUUAGAGAAGAUCUUCGGUGUCGCCAUGUCACACGUUGGAGGACUGUACAUAGUGGAAAUCAACCUCUUGCCCUCAAAGGUGACACAUCUGGUGAUCAAGAGACCUCCAUUUUUCCACUACAAACCUGGUGACUACGUGUACCUGAAUAUCCCAGUCAUAGCCAAGUAUGAAUGGCAUCCAUUCACCAUCAGCAGUGCUCCGGAGCAACCAGGGACCAUCUGGCUGCAUAUACGGUCCCUGGGACAGUGGACCAACAGGCUAUAUGAAUACUUCUGGAAUCAACAGGAGUGUCAUGACCACAGGUCCGAAUGGUUGGACAGAAAGGCAAAGGCAAAGAAGAAAAACAGGUCCCAGAAAUGGGUGCAGAAAUGUCUCUUUGGCUCCUCUGACCUGGACCAGCCUGUGGCCAGCAGUUCCGAUGAGAUGGUUGAGAUCUUAUCUUACAUGCCCAUCAGGCACCCCAGCUGGGAGACUGCGAGUGUCGGAGCAGCCAGCCAGUGCAAGGAGGGGAACACACAACCCAGAAGAGGAAAGAUUCCUGGCAGGCUUACUGAGAAUCAGAGACUCUGUAACAUCAAGUGUUACAUUGACGGUCCUUAUGGGACUCCCACUCGAAGGAUCUUCACAUCAGAGCAUGCCGUUCUGAUAGGAGCAGGAAUUGGGAUUACACCCUUUGCCUCCAUUUUGCAAAGCAUCAUGUUCAGACACCGUAUGCGAAAGCAAACUUCUUCUAGCCAGGAAAACAUGAAACUCCUGAAGGUUGACUUUAUCUGGAUCAACAGAGACCAAAAAUCAUUUGAAUGGUUUGUAAGCCUGCUGACCCAGCUGGAAAUCAAUCAGGCUGAAGAAGACCCUAGCAACCGCUUCUUGGAGAUGCACUUGUACAUGACCUCUGCGCUUGGCAAGAAUGACAUGAAGGCUAUCGGCCUGCAGAUGGCGCUAGAUCUCCUAGCCAAAAAGGAGAAGAAAGACUCCAUCACGGGCCUCAAGACAAGAACCCAGCCGGGGCGCCCAGAUUGGAACAAGCUCUUUCAGAAACUAGCGAAAGAAAACAAAGGGAAGGUCCAUGUCUUCUUCUGCGGCUCUCCAGCUCUUGCCAAAGUCAUCAAAGCUCAUUGCGAGCAGUUCAACUUCCAGUUCUUCAAGGAGCACUUUUGAGCAGCAUCCCUGGGCCAUCCUGGACUGAGAUGUUAAGGCUGCAAGUUAUGCGUGAGUUAAGUAGGCAAUUUGAUUUGUGGAAGAAAACAUUUGUGGAAUAGUUCACCAAGA